CCACAACAGUUACCUAACUCCUGGGUGUCGGUUUACUCCUAAUGCAUUUGUUUGACAAUAGAUGUGCGCUACAAAGAUGCACAUUCAAUAAGUAAAUUUAUCUUUUAUCUCAGAUUUAUCAUAAUGAUAAUGCCACAGUAAAUUAUAAUGAAUGAUCCUAAUUACAUGAGAUAAUAUAAGAAUAAAAGCUUGGUGGUAGGCAAACAAAUGAAAUAUUAGAUUAUGGUUUCUCACCGUCAUACACAGGAAGCCUGUUGGGCUUAUCAAACUCCAGCUAGCUAAUGACUGACCUCCUGGAUAUGACCUAUACAACAAUCAAACGAUUGUCAGGUGCCUAUUUGCUACUAGGUGAACAGAGGUAUUGGGUGCAAAGGAACAUGCCCAAAAGUCUUUCUAAUUUUUGUUUUCUAAUCCAGGAGCAAUCAUGUUUGAGCAAAUUAAAGGAAACACUUAACGAACUGGCUUACGACAAGCACCAGCUUGCCGAUGGUAAUGGUAUACAGUAUUCUCGAUUUACACCUUACCUCCUUUAAUUUCCAUCCAAUUUAAUUAAUUACCAUUAUUGAGGUAAUACAGUAUAUUAUUCCUAAUAAAUGGCAGCCAACAAAUUGUUGUUAGAAUAGUGACCUGUAUAGUAUAAUAGAGAAAUUAAAAUACCGGUACUUAAUUCCAAGAUUUUUAGAAUUUUGUAUUACAAAUAUAAAGGCACUGAAUACUUGCCGUGUCGUUGGAAUGUUGCGGAAAUUAAAUUACAGUACUGUACUAUGCAAUUACUCUUAUCAAGAGUAAUAGUAAACCAUCUAGAAGAAUAAAUUGUAUUCUUUACAGAUUAUUUAACUACUGUAUUGUUAAAUAUGUAAUAUAAGUAUUGUAGAUCUUGCUAGACAGUCGUAUACAAACAAGAUUUGAUAGCAUUCAGGAGUUCUCACAUUACCAACUAACAUGUUCCCAGGCUUAUCAUUAUCUUAUCAAGAAUAUCAUUAUCUUGAGAAAAUCCGUAGGAGCAGUGAUGAGAGUUCGAACCUAUGCAGUGGGUGUUCCCACGCACACGCUUCUAGCGACUAGACCACAACAUGGAUAAGGAUUGCAACCUGAAGUUCUUCUGAACACACUGAUGCAGUCACAUCUUCUGAACACAUUGAUGCAGUCACGUUAGUGUGAUUACUCUCUGUGUAUAUCAUUAUCUUGUAAAGUCCAUGAACUUCAUUUAGGUGUUGCUUUUGACAUGCCAUGUACCAUAUGCAACUUAGCAUAACUAUUAUGAGGGGUAUCCAGGCACAGCUAACGUCUCUCAAGUAUGAUGAAUCAAUGGAUUUCCAGAAACGACUUCUCACCAGUACUGUUCAACACCCAACUGCUCAAAAAUACCCUGUGACUUUGGCCUACACUCGCUUAUUCCUCAAAGCACUCAUUCAUCAGAUCGAGGUUAGCAACCAUGAAGUGUGUGAAGAACUUUACAUGACAUACACAAAAAUGCUCUCUCAAGAUACUUCGACCCAGUGCAGUAAAUACUGCUUCCGAACCUACAACCUGGAGGACAAUGGUGUCAUCACGCUAAAGGAAACGUGCAAACUCAUUUGUGAUGGCACAACAGGCCUGUGUACUUGGGAGGCUAGUCGUGUUUUAGCAGAUUGGUGUUGCAAAGAAUCUGCUCAUUUUAAAGAUAAAAAUAUUCUAGAGCUCGGUGCCGGUUUAGGUCUAUUGGGCCUAACAGUUCUCCGUAGGUGUAAACCCUUAUCGUACACCUUUACUGACAUUCACCCGACUGUCCUCAAGACUUUAUCAGAAAACAUACAACUUAAUCUUGCUGGAAGAGGCUUUGACUCUAUGCAAUAUGAUAAUGACAAAACAUCCACUGUUAAUGACUGGGCAAAUGAUGUUACCAUAAAAUACAAUGACAUCGAUGUGCAAAUAAAAAAAUUAGAUUGGGCAAGUGAUUCUUGUGAUUGUGAUGUUGAUGUUAUUCUUGCUGCAGAUGUGGUUUAUGACUCGGACAUAAUAAGAGAUUUAGUAAACAUAUUAAAGGAUACCCUCAGCAAGAACUCUGCUUCAGCAGCUUAUGUUGCCAGUACAAUAAGGAACCCAGAUACAUAUGCUUUCUUCAAAGAUACAUUGGCAUCUGUGGGUCUUGCUGCAUGUUCCGAAUCUUACCACCAGUACCAAGAAUCCCCGUCACAACCAAAAUGUUCCAUCACCAUCCUCCAUAUAUCCCUAUUAGAACGUCCAAAUCUAUAAGGUUAUCAAAGUCAAGAUUGGCAUCAAGUAAGGACAACGUCUUGGCUUCAUCCCAUCCAGAAUCAGGGCCCCAGCAAGCAUGAGCGUCUUGUACCAACACGGGUGCUGUAGAUGGCUCCAAGGGGGUAAGCUGAGUCAAACUACUGCAAAAUGUGUUAAUGGAUGGAAGCUCCCCGUACCCUCCUUUAUUCCAAUUUACACCAUUGUUGAUGUUGAGGGAAGAAGUGAGAGAAUCGGCAUCAUCAUUAGAAGCUUCAGAAUACUCGGGACUAGUAAAGAGAUCCUCCUCCACCCCUAGAGAUGCUGGACUAAGUUCUAAGGAUGGUAACGUUGGAGGUGUGUUGGUUGAGGUGGUAAUGGUGACAAUCUGUUGGUGCUGAGAAGUCGCAUGGUCACUUGUAUGGAGAUGAUGGUGAUGGAGAUUCUGGUGAUGGUGAUGCAGGUGGGGAUGUUGUGCAGAGGUGGUGGUAGUAAUUGUGGCAGGGUAUGUGGAUGGGUCACCAGUCUGACUGAGGUCGGUUACUAAUUCUUGGGCCCGACAUGGCCAGGAAUCAUCAUGGACUUCCUCCCCAAGCAAUGUUGACCAAACCAAGUCAUCUCUUAGAUUAUUGCUAGCUUCCCUUAAUUCCUCAUCCACUUCAAUGCCUGAAAAAUAUGAAAAUGGUUUAAUUUAGUCUUAUUCUUGUAAUAAAUAAUUUAUUGUCUUGUAUGUCACAGAAUUUUACUUUUUACUUCCAUAUGAAUAAAUUAAAAUAAAUUGACUAUGAAAAACA